UCAUUUCAUACACACCAAUCCGUGACAGAUAUACGAGGAAAAGAUGUAUCUAUUAACGGAUUUGAUAGCAAACUAUGGUUCCUGAAUUUAUUUAAGAUGACACGAACGCUUUAUAUGUUGCUGACUUUGACAUUAUUCAUGGUGAAUCUUUAUUGUUCGAAUGCAUUUUCAAGUGACAUUUCAGACUGUUUCGACCUUUGGUCAGAUGCAGGCAUCAUUGGGGAACAAUAUUCUCGAAAAAUGCAAUACAAAUGUGUUAAUUCAUUUUUACUCGGCACAAAGUCAGCCUUAAAAACAGAUAAAAAUACAAUCAAUUACUUAAACUCGUUACUACGAAAAAGAAUUGGAGAAAGCAACUAUCGAACACACCGGAGUAAAAGACAAACGAUACCACAGCCAACUAAAACACCAGUAACACCAGAUAAACUCAGACAUGAAGUGAGGACACCGAAUUAUAAAAUGGUAUGGGAAAGAUUUGCCAACAGAACAAAACGACUGGCUAAUUAUACUAGUGUUCGAAAUGGAAUAAGUGACUAUGCCGUUUUAGCAUCGCUUCACGCAGGAACAGCUCUAGAAUCUGUAUAUGGUGGCCCAGCUUAUUUAGCAUGGCAACGUAUUUAUCUUCUCUUAUUUGAAGCCGCCAUUGGAGUUCCCGUUCCGUACUGGGACUGUUCACUUGAUUUUCAUAUGCGUGAUCCUACAAGAUCUAACGUAUGGAGUCCGAAAUACUUUGGAAAUGGAUUCGGCGAACUAACAACUGGUCCUUUCAAAGAUUUCAGGACACCUAGUGGUGCGCUUAUUUUUCGGAAUGUUGGAGCCGAUGGAACAUUGUUAUCAAAACAAUCAAUAGAAUUAAUUAUGUCGAAAACUAACCAUUCCGAAAUUACUGAGCCUCUUGAUGAUCCACGACAUAGUCUUGAAGGGCACGCGCUAGGAGUGCACGUCUGGGUGGAUGGUACAUUCUCGCGGUUAAAUAUAGCAGCAUACGACCCAAUCUACUUUGUGUAUCAUUCAUUUAUUGAUAUGUUGUGGGAGCGGUUCCGAGAACAAAUGAUAUCUUUGUACCAGCAAGAUCCGGCUUGGGACUAUCCUAUAAAAGGAAAAAUCGAACACAGACCUCAAAAUUUAAUGAAGUUCGAACCGCGGUAUGGAUUUAUUCCACAAUUCAGAAAUGUUCAAGGUUAUUCUGAAUCUGUUGCUAAUAUGAUUCAUUUUGCCCCGGCACCAGACUGUCCCGUCUGUCUUAACACAACAGAACUUUACUGUAGUCCUCAAGAUAUAUGUAUUGCAAGGGAAGUACAGGAAAACUUACUCGUCCCUAUCCCAAAGUCAAGACAGAAAGAUGGUGAACAGUUAUCGUCCUUUGCUAGGAGAUCUAUACAAGGGGCGAAUCCAAAAGAAGCCCCAAAAGAGGAGGAGGAUGCGCCUGGUAGAACUCUGGCUGCACUUGCCGCUGGGUUUAGGAUAGAUCUUGGACCGAAAUUCAAAUGUCCGUUUAGAGAUGUUCGUACUAGAGGUGAUCCUAUUUCUGCAGAACCGAACAGUUCUCCAAAAGGAUAAUCUUUGGGCAAAGGAUAAUCUUUGGACAAAAGAAAAAUUGUUGGGAAAAAGCAUAUACAGUAUGUUCUUCACUUUACAGUAAAGGAAUAAAAUAACUUAAUUAUA